AUUUUCAAUUGUCAGAUCCUAUCCAUCCAAUAAAGCCGCCGCCUCACACUCUCACGCGCCGCCUCUCUCCGACUCUCACUUCUUCGUCCGCCUCCUCCACACCGCCGGCACAUACCUGCGAUUUUUCAUCGCUUUGAAUUUUCUGAAGAAACGUGAAAUAUUUCUACUCUCUAUUCCUCUUAUUCUCUUCCAUUGGGCUCAUCUUGACUGCCGAUUCUGGGAGCUUCUCGGAGCACCAAAUCGGAUAAAAGAGUGCAGGGCAUGACGACGAACGCCCCUCUUCCCUUUGCCUCAGCCUCUCUACAACUCGCCUCCACGCCCAAAUUCAGCCAUGUCUAUGCCCCAAUUCACUCUUCAUACCCAAUUUCAACCAUCCGAAUGUGCCGGAUUUCGGCUUCACCCCAAACCAAAACGCCUCCCAAAAGGACCACCCGCAAGAGAAUCCCUUCCACUCCCUCUUCAGAAGCCGAAGAAUUGGUUCGAUCAAUCGUCAGGAACAUCUCCGAUAAGCAGCCUUUGUUGACCACUCUCAAUAAGUAUGUGCAAUUUGUCCGCACCGAGCACUGUUUCUUGCUCUUCGAGGAGCUCGGAAAGAGCGAGAGGUGGCUUCAAUGCCUUGAGGUGUUCAGAUGGAUGCAGAAGCAGAGAUGGUAUGUAGCUGAUAAUGGGGUUUACUCAAAGCUGAUUUCUGUGAUGGGGAAGAAAGGGCAGAGCCGAAUGGCCAUGUGGCUUUUCUCUGAGAUGCGUAACAGCGGCUGUAAGCCCGAUACGUCCGUCUACAACGCUCUCAUCACAGCCCAUCUCCACUCCCGGGACAAGGCCAAGGCGCUGGCCAAGGCCAUCUCCUAUUUCGAAAAGAUGAAGGGGAUGGAGCGCUGCAAGCCGAGCAUUGUCACGUACAACAUCCUCCUGAGGGCUUUUGCGCAGGCGAAGAAUGUGGAGCAAGUCAAUGCCUUGUUUAAGGAUCUCGAUGAGAGCAUUGUUAGCGCUGACACCUUCACAUUCAACGGGGUGAUGGAUGCUUACGGGAAGGUGGGGCUGAUUAGGGAGAUGGAGCUCGUUCUUGCUCGGAUGAAGAGCAUGAAGAUAAAGCCCGACAUCAUCACAUUCAAUCUGUUGAUCGAUGCUUAUGGGAGGAAGCAAGAGUUCGAUAAGAUGGAGCAAGUUUUCAAGAGCUUGCUUCGCUCCAAGGAGAAGCCAACACUUCCCACGUUUAAUUCCAUGAUAACGAACUAUGGGAAGGCACGUCUGAGGGAGAAGGCGGAUUCGGUCUACCAGAAAAUGAUAGAGAUGGGCUAUAGACCGAGCUUCAUUACCUACGAGAGCCUCAUCAUGAUGUAUGGAUACUGUGAUUACGUGUCGAGGGCUAGGGAGAUAUUUGACCAGAUGGUUGAGUCGGAGAGGGAGAAAAAGGUGUCGACUUUGAAUGCUAUGCUCGAUGUCUACUGCAAGAACUCUUUACCUAUGGAGGCGGACACACUUUUUGAGAGUGUACGUGCUUCUCGAAUGCUUCCCAUUGAUUCGACUACUUACAAGCUGUUAUACAAGGCUUACACAAAGGCGGAUAUGAAAGAGCUGGUGGAGAAGUUGCUCGUGCGUAUGGAUCAAGAUGGCAUCAUUCCGAAUAAAAGGUUCUUUCUCGAUGCUCUUGGGGCACUUGGGUCUUCUUCUCCCAGCAAGAAGCCCGCCACCAGCAGGAAAGAUGGGCUGCCUAAACGAGUUGCCAUUGAAAAGGCGGCAUAGCUGAGGUGGAGUUUUUGAAGUCAUGGUUAUUAGAGAGAGCUCGGUUGGAGGCUGUUGUUUGACUUUGAAGCCUUGAAAAGAUUCAUGAUCAUGUCGCAAAGGCUCAAGUGUUCAACUAAAACAGUAAAAGAGACUGCACUUGCAGCAUCUAAGAUGUUUUUACCCAUUCAAAUGCGGUUGUUGGCUUCACUUUCGAUGUAGGGCUCAGCCACGGUUAUCGUUGUAGCUUGAGAGAUCGGUCGUUCAACUCAAGAAUGCUUCAUGGUGAAAAGUGUUAAGAGUGCAGCAGAACAACAUGGAGGAAUCUUCCUGCUGGCUGCUGAGCUUUGUGUUUUUUAUGAUUUUUCAUAAAAAUUUUAUCGUUGUUUUUAUGUUUAUAAUAGCCACACUUCAUAUCUGUUUUAGUUUUGUACAUCUGUCAUCUAUUUUACUCCAUCAGCUUUAUCCUAAUCUAGUUUAAUUAGCAGAA